GUUUAUUACAAUCCAGAGACCACAAGUCCAAUCUCAAUCAAACCCCCCACUUUCUAACUCCACUUUAUUACUCAACUGAACACACUUCAUCCACCUAGAAUCCUGUCCUUACCAUCCAUCUCAACAUCUCCCAGUAAUUAGUUUUAAUUCCAAACCUGAAAAAACAGCAGAAAUGGUUGUGUUUAAUUCGCGUGGAAGCGGUGUCGUUUUGGUGGUUGUCCUAACGGUGUUUUUAACGGUGGUGAACGGCAACAUAGAAGGGGAUUCGCUGUAUGCGUUCAGACAUAGCUUAACUGAUCCAGACAACGUGCUGGAUAGCUGGGAUCCAACUCUGGUUAAUCCUUGUACUUGGUUUCAUAUCACUUGUAACCAAGACAAUCAUGUCACUCGCGUUGAUCUUGGCAACACAAAUUUGUCUGGUCUUUUGGUACCUGAGCUCGGAAAGCUUGAACAUCUGCAGUAUCUCGAACUUUACAAAAAUAACAUUCAAGGAACUAUCCCCAAUGAGCUUGGAAACUUAAAAAGUCUGAUAAGCUUGGACUUGUACAACAACAAUCUCACAGGGAUCAUUCCUCCUACACUGGGGAAGUUGAAGUCUCUUGUUUUCUUGCGUCUUAAUGACAAUCAUCUGGUUGGCAGAAUCCCUAGGGAACUUGUUAAUGUUUCCACCCUAAAAGUCGUUGAUGUCUCAAGCAAUAACUUGUGUGGAACAAUUCCUACAAAGGGUCCAUUUGAGCACAUCCCAUUGAGCAACUUUGAGAAUAAUCCACGACUGGAAGGACCAGAGUUGCAGGGGCUUGCAAGUUACGAUACAAACUGCACAUGAAUAAGAUCUGAUGUAGAAAGUUUGUGAAUCCUCUUGUGUUAAUUUAGUCCUGCGGCCCUAUAAAAAAUAUAUAUUAGGCUAGUUGUCUUGUACUAUAAGAUGGUGUGGGUAUGCAAAGGUUUGUUGCAACUUGCAAACAGCAAACGUUUGUGAAAGAUCAGUAACAACAAAUCUGGAUUAUGUUCUGUGUUAUUGUAAUGCCGAGUUGCAUAAAUUAGUAUUAUGGA